CAGUCGUAGUCAGCUGUUUUGAUUGCUGAUUUUUGUGAACACUAAUUUUGUGUCCCAAGAUGAAUACAAUAGUCAGUGAAUUGAGUAUGAACGAUUUAAAUAGUAAAUUUUUCGACAUAAUACAAAACGAAAACAACGCCGAGGACGCAGCCAACUUUAUAUUCGAUAGUGUUUGUGAGGAUGUUACUUUGGGAGUACUUUUUGAGGUCCAUCAUGGGAUAAAAACUGGUCUCACGGAGCUUUUAGAAGGGGAAAAGGAAGAUGAAGAGCAAUUCAAGAUCGUGAACUCCCCGGAAUGCGAUGUUUUUGGGUUUUCAAUACUGAAAAAAACCCCAGACGCCAACUGUUCCUGUCCGAAUUGCGAGAGGCCUGUAUCAGCGACACGGUUUGCGCCGCAUCUUGAAAAAUGCAUGGGUAUGGGCCGCAACAGCUCACGCAUAGCGUCCCGUCGGAUCGCGUCCAACAGCCGAGAGCCUACAUCCUACGCUGGGCUACCGAGUGACGACGAAGAUGACGCCGACUGGUCCGGGACACUGCACAGCGAGCGACGCAAACGUAGAAUGAAGAGCAGCAACAAGCGGAACAGCAAAAUCCACAAGAGUAACAACGGGAACCAUAAUUCGGAGAACAACGACGGCGCCACUUACGAGACCAUGUCUGCCAACGAGAAGAAGAACCUGCUGCUACAGAUAUGUGGGGUUGUUUCAGAGCAUACCAAGAAAUUGUGUACACGAUCAACCCGUUGUCCCCAACAUUCCGAAGAGCAGCGACGCGCGUUGCGGAAUAACGUUCUAGAACCUUCUACGCCGGAAUCCCAAUCCAUGGGUCUCACAGCAGACGACGCUGGCUCUCCACCAGAUUCCAGCCCUUCAUCAUCUUGCUCGUCUUCAAGUCGGAAACGCGACAGACAUCGCGCUGUGCCAAGAACGAAGAACAAGCGGGAGAAAUUGUCCCCCCUUAAUGGGAGGGAUUAAGCUGAAAAUUAUACUAGCUUAUCGAGGAAGAAAAUAAUAAAAAAAUAUUUAUUAGGUGUUGUAUUAUAAAAAAUGGAAAAAAAUUAAAUCGAAUCUUUCUUCGGUGUAUUAACUUCGUAUUCGCGCAAGUAUGUCAUAUCGCAGUAUAAAGAGAUACAGUGGUCCGAAGCCUUUGAUCUCGUGGUAAAUGCCGACGUCGCGUCGCGUCGACUAAAAGCGUCACACUAUGUAGCGUAGCGUGUUCUUUGUCCCACACUGAUCGGAAGAUUGCGUUCUAGACGAUUUCGUCGGAUAUGACAAUGUUUACUUUAUGGUCAGGAUAUAGUUGCCAAAACACUCAUGAGUGAUGUAAACAAAAUAUGACUACGAUGCUUUAUCAUUUAUAACAAGAACAUAAUAUCGAUGUGGUAGUUGCUCUUCUUCUAUCUUAAAUUGUAGAUGGGCCAAAUCACCCAAAAAAAAUACUGUCUCACCACGCAUAGGAAAGUAGGCAAUUUUGUUAAUAGCGUUUAUUAACUUCGUUUAUCGACGAUUAUGUCGACAAUAGACGACAAUUUGUCUCGUUUAAUGUAUACCUAAAUUAAGAAUUAACGGAAAAAAACGGACCCACCUGAAUUAAAUGAUUUAACCUAGAAUGUAUUUAAAGUGGCUAAUCGAAUAUGAAUGUUAAUAUCGCCGCCAUUACUGUCGACUCAUUGUAGGCGACAAGACACAAAUUUUACAGAAGGUUUAUUUUACUGUUUUCAAUCUAAAAAGAUAUAGGUAUGUUCGGGAAUAACUCCGAUACAGAUGGAUUUGAAAAAAUUUUUUUUCGUUCGGAAAGAGAUUUAUUCCGAAAUGGUCUCGUUUAAAUUUCAUACACUCAGAUUUGAUGAAGAGUCGUAGACACAAUGGAAUUAACAGCAAAUCAUUGUUUACCUUUUUAUUAUAACAAUUAAAAAUUCUAAUAACACAGUUAUCUGCAAAAUAUUGAAAAAAAAAAAAAAAACAAAAAUGUAGAUUUUUUUUAAGUCGUUUACAUUAAGAUGACAGUAAUGGCUCGAUAUUUUAAACAGGGUACCACAGUUCAAUGUCAUUUAUUUUGGCUUAGCGUUGUUAAUUAUUAGAAUGGUCUUAAUAAAAACAAUCUUAAAGUUAUAUGACUAAGUUAAUCGAAAGAGAGGAAGUAAAACAGAACAAAUUUUAUAGAAAUAACAUUCCGCCAAAGAGAAUGAAAUGUACAGUUCAUUAUGCAGGGAUUAGGGGUAACGUGAAAUAUAAAGAUCAGCUCAAUAUCAAGUGUUAAAAGAAAAUUUGUAGAUUAAUAUAACUUUAGUUUUUAACACAAAUUAUGCUGAUUUUAUGGCAACUUGGAUCAACUCUUCGUUGAAUACGAGGCAACCUUUAGCUCCUUUAUAAAGGCACAGCUUAUAAUAACAUAGGUAUAUAAAUAACAUAGGGAUUGUCGAUGCGGAUUCGUGGAAUAACCCGACUAAUAUACCUAUCAUUAUCACCCAUACAAAUAAAUAAGUGUUUUCUCUGUCUGAGUAUGAUGGAGGUUUCGGCCUUACCUUUUGAUGGUACCACUCUCCACAAGGACGUGCUGCCAAGCGAUCAAGCCAGGCUGCAGGUGAGAUUGCAGUCAUGGGCUGACUUGCGGGUGGCAAGGGUUGGUAACUCGCCGCGGGUUAUACCUUUAACUGGCCUUUAUAUCUAAAUGAAUCUAAAACGUAGGGUCAAUGGGUGCUCCUAAAUAAAAAAGUGCCCAGUUGCCACAAUGUGUGAAAAGGUAUCUGAAAGGCGUUCGUGGAGAGUCAAGAUCUGGGGUCACAUUUUCGUCGUUAUAGUUCUAUCGCUUGUGUUUUAGGAUAGUGAUAAAUGUUUAAAGAAUAAAAUUAACGAUCUCUAAGUAUAUCUAUUGAAGACAACUUCACGUAGGUACCUCACUAUUUUUGUAUAAUACUUGUAAAAGCCCUAAGUUUUAUUCAUGUACCUAUACCCGGCGGGUUC